UUUGUGAGCCCCGGUCCCCCGACAACACCGAGACCAUGGCCCCGCCUCAGGGCUCCCGGGCCCCGCUGGAAUUCGGGGGACCCCUGGGCGCCGCGGCGCUGCUGUUGCUGCUGCCUGGCACCAUGUUCCACCUGCUGCUGGUGGCCGGCUCCGGCCCGGCGCGCCUCCUGGGCCCACCCCCCUACCUGCCCGGGCUGGAGACGCUGUGGAGCCCGCGGGCGCUUCUGCUGGUGCUCGCCUGGCUCGGUCUGCAGGCAGCGCUCUACCUGCUGCCCGCGCGCAAGGUGGCCGAGGGGCUGGAAUUGAAGGACAAGAGUCGCCUGCGUUACCCCAUUAAUGGCUUCCAGGCGCUGGUGCUGACAGCCCUGUUGGUGGGGCUGGGGGCUGCUGCCGGCCUGCCCCUGGGGGCGCUCCCGGAACUGCUCCUGCCCCUGGCAUUCGCGGCCACCCUCACCGCCUUCGUCUUAAGUCUGCUUCUCUACCUGAAGGCUCAGUUAGCCCCCGCUUCCGCCCUGGCCCCUGGGGGGAGUUCAGGCAAUCCCAUAUAUGACUUUUUCCUGGGACGAGAACUCAACCCUCGCAUCGGUUCCUUUGACUUCAAGUAUUUCUGUGAGCUGCGGCCUGGCCUCAUGGGCUGGGUCCUGCUCAACCUGGCCCUGCUGCUGCAGGAGGCGGAGCUGCGGGGCAGCCCCUCGCUGGCCAUGUGGCUGGUCAAUGGCUUCCAGCUGCUGUAUGUGGCAGACGCCCUGUGGUACGAGGAGGCCGUCCUCACCACCAUGGACAUCACGCACGACGGCUUUGGCUUCAUGUUGGCUUUUGGGGACCUGGCCUGGGUUCCCUUCACCUACAGCCUGCAGGCGCAGUUCCUGCUGCAUCACCCGCAGCCCCUGGGGCUGCCCGCAGCCGGAGCCAUCUGCCUCCUCAAUGCCCUUGGCUACUACAUCUUCCGGGGAGCUAACUCUCAGAAGAACACUUUCCGGAAGAACCCCUCUGACCCCAGCGUGGCGGGCCUGGAGACCAUCCCCACAGCCACGGGGCGGAGGCUGCUCGUGUCCGGCUGGUGGGGGGUGGUCCGCCAUCCCAACUACCUUGGGGAUCUCAUCAUGGCGCUGGCCUGGUCGCUGCCCUGCGGACUGUCCCACCUGCUGCCUUACUUCUAUAUCCUCUACUUCACGGCGCUGCUGGUGCACCGGGAGGCCCGGGACGAGCGGCAGUGCCGGCAGAAGUACGGUCGGGCCUGGCAGGAGUACUGCCGCCGCGUGCCCCACCGCAUCCUGCCCUAUGUCUACUGAGGCCACCUCGCCCGCCACCCUCCUCUUCAGGACCAGGAGCCCGGAGCUCAUCCACCAGCCUCAGGGAAGACCAGAGAAAUCAGGGCCUCCUUUGGAUAAACACCUGGAACUUUC